CGCAUUUAAAAAUCGCAGUUGAGAAAAAUUUGAAGCAAAGGAACUCUAACUCGUGACAAUGGAGGAUGAUGGAGAGAAAUCGAGCUUCGUCAUCGGCAUCAUUGAAAACAGAGCCAAAGAGGUUGGUGUUGCGGCUUUGGACUUAAGAUCUGCUUCACUUCACCUUUCCCAGUACAUUGAAACCAGUAGUUCUUACCAAAAUACCAAGACCUUGUUGCAAUUUUAUGACCCAAUGUCAAUUAUUGUUCCUCCUAGCAAGCUGGCUCCUGAUAGUAUGGUUGGAGUAUCAGUAAUAGUAGACAGAUAUUACUCUGCAAGCAAGAAGGUAAUAAUGGCACGUGGCUGCUUUGAUGACACCAAGGGAGCUGUCUUGGUCAAGAAUUUGGCUGCAAAGGAACCCUCGGCCCUUGGUCUUGAUAGUUACUACAAGCAAUAUAAUCUUUGCUUGGCUGCAGCAGCUGCUACUAUUAGAUGGACAGAAGCAGAAAAAGGGGUUGUUAUAACUAAUCAUUCAUUAUUGGUCACUUUUAAUGGGUCAUUUGAUCAUAUGAAUAUUGAUGCUACUAGUGUGCAAAACUUGGAACUCAUCGAGCCAUUGCAUUCCAAUCUUUGGGGCACAAACAACAAGAAGAAAAGUAUCUUCCAUAUGCUUAAAACAACUAGAACCACAGGGGGCACUAGAUUACUCCGUGCUAAUCUUCUGCAGCCUCUGAAAGAUAUUGAAACUAUAAAUGCUCGCCUAGAUUGCCUGGAUGAAUUAAUGAGCAAUGAACAGCUUUUCUUUGGACUAUCUCAGGUUCUCCGCAAAUUUCCAAAAGAAACUGAUAGAGUAUUAUGUCACUUUUGCUUCAAGCCAAAGGUCACAAACAAAGUCUUGGCUGGUGACGGUGCUAGAAAGAGCCAAAUAAUAAUAUCAAGCAUUAUACUUCUCAAAACUGCUUUAGAUGCCUUGCCUCUACUGUCCAAGGUGCUAAAAGAUGCAAAAAGCUUUCUUCUUGGAAAUAUCUACAAAUCUAUUUGUGAAAAUGAGAAAUAUGCACUCAUCAAACAAAGAAUAGGAGAAGUAAUAGAUGAAGAUGUAGUCCAUGCAAGGGUUCCUUUUAUUGCUCGAACACAACAAUGCUUUGCUGUCAAGGCUGGUAUUGAUGGGCUGCUUGAUGUUGCUAGGAGGACAUUUUGUGACACUAGUGAAGCAAUACAUAAGCUAACAAACAAAUAUCGUGAAGAUUUUAAACUGCCGAACCUAAAACUUCCUUUCAACAACAGACAAGGGUUUUACUUCAGCAUACCUCAAAAAGAUGUUCAAGAAAAGCUUCCCAGCAAGUUCAUUCAGGUUGUCAAACAUGGAAACAAUAUACACUGCUCUACGUUGGAACUUGCAUCUCUGAAUGUCAGAAGCAAGUCUGCAGCUGCAGAGUGUUGUGUGAGAACAGAACUAUGCUUGGAAGCUCUCAAUGAUGCCAUCAGGGAAGAUGUAUCUGCACUCACUUUGCUUGCAGAGGUCUUGUGCCUUUUGGAUAUGAUUGUCAAUUCAUUUGCUCACAUGAUAUCAACCAAGCCAGUUGAUCGGUAUAUUAGACCAGGAUUUACAGAUAGUGGCCCAUUGGCAAUUGAUGCUGGAAGACAUCCUAUCCUUGAGAGUAUACACAGUGACUUUAUUCCCAACAAUGUUUUUCUUUCAGAAGCAUCAAACAUGGUGAUUGUUAUGGGUCCAAACAUGAGUGGCAAAAGCACUUACCUCCAACAAGUGUGUCUUAUUGUCAUCCUUGCUCAAAUUGGCUGCUACAUACCAGCUCGAUUUGCCACUAUAAGAGUCGUUGAUCGUAUAUUUACUCGAAUGGGAGCUGUAGAUAAUCUUGAAUCCAAUUCUAGUACGUUCAUGACGGAGAUGAGAGAGACAGCAUUUAUAUUGCAGAAUGUUUCUCAGAGAAGUUUAAUUGUCAUGGAUGAACUUGGGAGGGCCACUUCUUCAUCAGAUGGAUUUGCAGUUGCAUGGAGCUGCUGUGAGCAUCUGCUAUCUCUGAAAGCGUACACGAUUUUUGCCACUCAUAUGGAAAAUCUGUCAGACUUAGCAACCCUCUACCCCAAUGUGAAAAUUCUACAUUUUCAUGUCGACAUAAGAAACAACCGAUUGGAUUUCAAGUUUCAACUGAAGGAUGGGCCUCGGCAUAUUCCCCACUAUGGCCUUCUACUUGCAGGUGUAGCAGGACUUCCUAAAUCCGUGAUCGAGACAGCCUCAGUCAUCACGUCUAGAAUCUUAGAACAGGAAGCUAAGAAGAUGGAGGUGAAUGAAUUGCAAUACUAUCCCAUUCAGAUGCUUUACCGUGUGGCACAGAGGCUGAUAUGCUUGAAGCACUCUAAUCAUGAUGAAGAUUCGAUAAGAGAAGCACUUCAGACUCUCAAAGAGAAUUACCUUAGUGGCAGAUUGUAGAGUGCUUACGACCUGACGCACUUGAACUCUCUCUUCAUAGGAUAUUUUUUGGGAAGGUUAUCAUUGAGAUGUAAUACAAAGACUGUUGUUGAGCUCUUACAUUAUAAAACUUUGUUGGACAAACUUCUUCUAUCUACAUUCUACAGCUCUACAUGUUAGGAACUUCAACUAAAUCACUAUUUUCCCUUGAGGGGGUAGUCCAAAGAAAUUAACUUCAAGAUUGUUGAACAUAAGUUAACCCAGCAAUGAUGUGCCUUUUAAAUUGAAGAGAUAGAUUGUACAAUUAUAUAGCUGUCAAAAAACAAAAAAAAAAAAAAAAAAAAAAAAAAAAAAAAAAAAAAA